CGGGCCAGAGAGGCAGGAGAGGAGGAGGAAACCAACAGAACCCAAAGAUGACUGUGUGAAGCAAAAUGGAUCCAACCAAGCCCAGCCUGUCCACAAAAAUGCCGUAUGUAAACAACGGGGAGUUCGAGUCAGUAAUGAAGGAGAUGGUGCAGAGACAAGACAGCCUGAAUGGAGAGAAGCAGAAAGACGCAGAAACCAGAGAGACAGAUGUUGUGGAUGGGCUGCCAAUGGACGCAGCGCAGCGCAGGGGGUCUGCAGAUAAAAACAAGUUCAGCACAUUUGGCCACAAGAGGAAAACCAAGGUGAAAGCCGUGACUGACUUUGCAACCCUGAGUAAAGUAAAUACAUCAGGAAAUAAAUCCAGAGCGCCGCUGAAGCAAGUGUUUGGCAGCCAGGGAGUGUCUACGUCUGAGGAUUUAUUAAACAAAUAUCUGGAGGCGUUUGCUGUUCCUGCUAACCUGAGCUGGUCCUGGAAGGAGGAGGUUCAGGGAACAGCACUGGAGAGCAGCUGGACAGAGUUGGUGACGUCUCACACAACAAUGGCAAAGAAGCAGCGACACCAGCAGGCGGCGCUGUGGGAGUUUGUACAGACUGAGCUGAUCUACAUCAACAAGCUGAAGAUCAUCAAAGACUUGGUUAUUGGCGCUCUGGUCCACUUGCACCAGAGUGACGUUCUCCAGGAGGUGAGACCCAACCAGCUUUUCUCCAACCUGCCCUCCAUCCUGCAAGCUCACCAGCUGUUCUGGCAGGAGGUGGUUUAUCCCAUGUUACAGGAAGUUAGAAGAACAGGAAAACCUUUUGACCCCAUGAGGCUGGAGGCCGGUUUCUUGCAGUUCCACGAGCGCUUCUUGGCCUACCAUCACUACUGCUGGGAGGAGGAAAACAACCUGGAGUUCACACGAAAGCAGAUGGAGAGCAACCCUCAUUUCCUUGCUUUUGUGCAGUGGGUGGAGAAGCAUCCUCAGGGUGAGCGGAUGCGGCUGGGAGACAUGCAGGCCAAACCACAUCAGAGGAUCACAAAGUAUCCCCUGCUGCUCAAAGCUGUGCUCAAAGAAACCCAGGAGCCUCACGUGCAGCGGGCCCUCAGAGCCAUGCUAACUACUGUGAACAGCUUUUUAGAAAGUAUUAAUGACUUCAUGCAGUAUAAAGAUGAGCAGCUCGCUCUUUACAUCUCUGCGCAGAGGAUUGAAGGAUAUGAGGUGGAGGGAAUAAAUGAAGAAAUCGACAAGAUUGUCCGAGACGUCUGCCACUUUGACCUGACGUGCCCCAUCAGAGGAGCGGGCUCCAAGGUCGUACGUAAGCUGCUGCUGGAGGACAACCUGAAGAUUCGAGGCUACAAGACGGAAGUGGUGGCUCUUCUGUUUUCAGACGUUCUCCUUCUGACUAAAGUGCAGAAAAAAGCGGAGCGACUGAAAGUGGUUCGACCUCCUCUGGCUCUCGACAGGAUGAACUGUGUUCCACUAAAGGAUGGCAACUCAUUGGUUCUGGUGGAGGUCGGUGAGCUUCAGUGCAUUAAUAAUGUCACCAUCCUUGUGACCAGCAACCCAGAGACCUGCUCCUCUUGGGUCAACACCAUCAAGUCAGCAAAGGAAACAUUGUUGGCGAUGAGAAAGCAAGAGGACAACAGACUGGACAAUGUCAGGUCACAUGAGCGGGAGACCAAAGCUGCUGUAGACGUCAAGAAUGAUGACAUGGAGGAAGAAGAACAACCUCCCACGCAGUCAAAGCUAAUUAAUGAGCUUACUGAUGUAAUAAAUAAAAGCCCAACUGUCAAUGGAUCUGAGGAAGCAGAUCCGGAUCAGAUGUCCCCUAAAACCACUGGAUUACCUCCUAAAAUCCCCUACAGAGUAAUGCGCAGGAACAUCCCGACUCGACAGCCGGGACGUAAAGAGCAAGAGUGGAUCGAGAUGAGAACAAGGAGAAAACAUUGGGAGGAAAAUGAGAAAAUUGUUGAGACUCCAAUGAUGAACACAAAAAGUACAUUGAGGACGCACGGUGAGCUAAACGUUUCUAAACUCAAUCAUUUCAGUCAAAAUGAAGCAGGUCUAGGAAUACACAACCCAAAGAGACAACCCGUCCGUCUAAUAGAUGAACUCCCAGCUGUUGACUACCCAACAGAUGAGGAGGUCACUUUUCAAGUUCCUCACGAACCAAAAAUUAUGUCCAGGCCGCAGUUUGGAAAACCACCGAUAUUAAUGAGAAGCCACUCAGAUAUUCAGUUGGUGCAGCAGGACGCCAGCAGAACCGCUUCCUCCAGUCAGUUUGGGGAUCCAGGAACUCCUCCUGACGGUACAGGCUUCCCCCAAAACUUAAAGUCCCCUGGGUUACGGAAAAGGAGGCCAAGCAGCACCGGUCAGGGCCCACCGACCCCGACAUCCAACUUCCUCAAUGAGCCGACACUAACUCAGACGGCUCCAGAAGGUUCAAACUCUGAGUGCAACAUGCAGGUAAAGAGAAGCUCCCUUCCCACUAAGUUUGAUUUAGACGUCCAGAGGGGGGUCAGCCAGAAGUUAACCAAAAGCAAGCAAGCUCCAAUCCCGUACCCAAAGUACUACUCCGAUGGUGAAGCCUUUUCUGAAUCUGAGCUGUCGGGAUCCAAAUUCCACAGUAAAAAGUUUAAAUUUAAAGAGUUGAGGAGUUCUUCCAGUCCCAAUGUGCUCACCAGAGGAGGGCAGAGGCCCCACAGACCCUCUGACAGCUCGUACCCGUCACACAAAGAAGAGGAAACUCCCAAAUUAGCAUACUCCCCGAAAGAACGCACCUCACGAGUGGAGGGAGUCUUGGAAAGAGCCAAAGAAAGGACAAAAGACAAAGCUGGAAUAAAAAGAGACAAACAGCUACAAACAAACCUACAGUACCUGCGUCCUUCCUCCCCAUUCAACAACGCCCCGUCGCCAACGCCCAGUGAGGCAGGUAAUGAGACGGACCUGGAGGAGGUGGCGCUGAUCAGACCCAGAACCCUCACAGUGAGCACAGUCUGGAAGGAGCAGCUGGUGGACGGCGACGAGGACGACAAGAGCAGCGGCAACACCUUUACGGAUGGCGAAAACGUGGACUGGAGAGGCUGGUGCUUAGAUGACGACGAGGUCAUGGAUCACCUGAGCCCCAGAGGGGAAGGACUGAUGGAGGGAAUCAGCCGGUCUCUGGCCGACAUGGGCCGGCCAGAGAUGUUUCGGGGUCAAGACGACGGAGAAUACAGUCAAGUGUAGAUCUGAAAUCUGACCAGUCCUGUUCGUUUGGUCAGAUCAAGAACUGACUCUGAGCACAACAUUUUUAGGGAAAGCAAAAGUAAAAAAGCUGGAAUGAAGACUCGUGUUGUCGCACAAGUAGACACCAAUUAUGUUUUCUCAGUACCUAAAUAGAUGAGUGAGAGUUGAUGUGUAAAGUAUUGUAACAUAGUCAGAAUCAAAAAUAUACUGUAUGUUUUACUAUUUUUUA